CACCUGGCAUGGCGGUGGUGACGCUGGGCGAGGAGCGACCCAUCGGGCACCUGCACCUGGCGCUGCGCCACCUGCUGGAGCAGCACGGCGACGACUUUGACUGGUUCUUCCUGGUGCCUGACACCACCUACACCGAGGCGCACGGCCUGGCCCGCCUAACUGGCCACCUCAGCCUGGCCUCCGCCGCCCACCUGUACCUGGGCCGGCCCCAGGACUUCAUCGGCGGAGAGCCCACCCCCGGCCGCUACUGCCACGGAGGCUUUGGGGUGCUGCUCUCGCGCAUGCUGCUGCAGCAGCUGCGCCCCCACCUGGAAGGCUGCCGCAACGACAUCGUCAGUGCGCGCCCUGAUGAGUGGCUGGGUCGCUGCAUUCUCGAUGCCACCGGGGUGGGCUGCACUGGUGACCAUGAGGGGGUACACUAUAGCCAUCUGGAGCUGAGCCCUGGGGAGCCAGUGCAGGAGGGGGACCUUCGUUUCCGAAGUGCCCUGACAGCCCACCCUGUGCGUGACCCUGUGCACAUGUACCAGCUGCACAAGGCUUUCGCCCGAGCUGAACUGGAACGCACAUACCAGGAGAUCCAGGAGUUACAGUGGGAGAUCCAGAAUACCAGCCGUCUGGCCGUUGAUGGUGACCGGGCAGCUGCCUGGCCUGUGGGCAUUCCAGCACCAUCCCGCCCGGCCUCCCGCUUUGAGGUGCUGCGCUGGGACUAUUUCACGGAGCAGCACGCUUUCUCCUGCGCCGAUGGCUCACCCCGCUGCCCACUGCGUGGGGCUGAUCGGGCUGAUGUGGCUGAUGUUCUGGGGACAGCUCUAGAGGAGCUCAACCGCCGCUACCACCCGGCCUUGCGGCUCCAGAAGCAGCAACUGGUGAAUGGCUACCGACGCUUUGAUCCAGCCCGGGGUAUGGAAUACACACUGGACUUGCAACUGGAGGCACUGACCCCCCAGGGAGGCCGCCGGCCCCUCACUCGCCGAGUACAGCUGCUCCGGCCGCUGAGCCGCGUGGAGAUCUUGCCUGUGCCCUAUGUCACUGAGGCCUCACGUCUCACUGUGCUCCUGCCUCUAGCUGCGGCUGAGCGUGACCUGGCCCCUGGCUUCCUGGAGGCCUUUGCCACUGCAGCACUGGAGCCUGGUGAUGCUGCGGCAGCCCUGACCCUGCUGCUACUGUAUGAGCCGCGCCAGGCCCAGCGCGCAGCCCACGCAGAUGUCUUCGCACCUGUCAAGGCCCACGUGGCAGAGCUGGAGCGGCGUUUCCCCGGCGCCCGGGUGCCAUGGCUCAGUGUUCAGACAGCCGCACCCUCACCACUGCGCCUCAUGGAUCUACUCUCCAAGAAGCACCCACUGGACACACUGUUCCUGCUGGCCGGGCCAGACACGGUGCUCACGCCUGACUUCCUGAACCGCUGCCGCAUGCAUGCCAUCUCCGGCUGGCAGGCCUUCUUUCCCAUGCACUUCCAAGCCUUCCACCCAGCUGUGGCCCCACCACAAGGGCCUGGGCCCCCAGAGCUGGGCCGUGACACUGGCCGCUUUGAUCGCCAGGCAGCCAGCGAGGCCUGCUUCUACAACUCCGACUACGUGGCAGCCCGUGGUCGCCUGGCGGCAGCCUCAGAACAAGAAGAGGAGCUGCUGGAGAGCCUGGACGUGUACGAGCUGUUCCUCCACUUCUCCAGUCUGCAUGUGCUGCGGGCAGUGGAGCCGGCGCUGCUGCAGCGCUACCGGGCCCAGACAUGCAGCGCGAGGCUCAGUGAGGACCUAUACCACCGCUGCCGCCAGAGUGUGCUUGAGGGCCUCGGAUCCCGAACCCAGCUGGCCAUGCUACUCUUUGAGCAGGAGCAGGGCAACAGCACCUGACCCCACCUGUCCCCAUGGGCCAUGGCAUGGCCACACCCCACCCCACUCCUCCCCCAAAACCAGAGCCACCUGCCAGCCUCGCUGGGCAGGGCUGGCCAUAGCCAGACCCCAAGCUGGCCCGCUGGUCCCCUCUCUGGCUUUGUGGGUCCCUGGGCUCUGGACAAGCACUGGGGGAGGUGCCCCCAGAGCCACCCACUUCUUGCCCCAAACCCAGUUUCCUUGCCCCCUGACGCUGCUGAUUUGGGCUGUGGCCUCCACAUAUUUAUGCAGUACAGUCUGCCUGACGCCAGCCCUGCCUCUGGGCCCUGGGGGCUGGGCUGUAGAAGAGUUGUUAGGGAAGCAGGGAGCUGAGGAGGGGCAUCUCCCAACUUCUCCCUUUUGGACCCUGCUGAAGCUCCCUGCCUUUAAUAAACUGGCCAAGUGUGGACUCGUGA